UCAGCCGGGAGUGGAAGAGUGCGGAAGCCUGACCCUCUCGGCGCUCCGUCGACCAGGCACUGGCGGUAUGGCGUUCCGACAGGCGCUGCAGCUAGCGGCCUGCGGGCUGGCUGGGGGCUCGGCAGCCGUGCUCCUCUCUGCGGUGGCCGUGGGCAAGCCGCGCGGCGGUGGGGAUGCGGAUGCGCGCGCGCCCGAGCCGCCGGCCUGGACUGAGGGCGUGCAGCCGGGGCCCAGCCUCUGGGAUUCCAACUGGGAUAGGCGAGAACCACUGUCUCUUAUCAACCUUCGGAAGAGGAAUGUGGAAUCUGGAGAAGAAGAGCUAGCAUCCAGGCUGGGCCACUACAAGGCCAAAGCCACGCGGCACAUCUUCCUCAUCCGGCAUUCCCAGUACCACAUGGAUGGUGCCCUGGAAGAGGACUGCACGCUGACCCCACUGGGUCGGGAGCAGGCGGAACUCACUGGCCUCCGCCUUGCCAGCCUGGGAUUGAAGUUUAACAAAAUCGUCCAUUCCUCCAUGACCCGUGCCGUGGAGACCACAGACAUCAUCAGCAAGCACCUGCCAGAUGUCUCCAGAGUUAGCACCGACCUGCUGCGGGAAGGCGCCCCCAUCGAGCCUGACCCACCUGUGUCACACUGGAAGCCCGAGGCUGUGCAGUAUUACGAAGAUGGAGCAAGGAUCGAGGCUGCCUUCCGGAACUACAUCCACCGGGCUGAUGCCGAGCAGGAGGAGGACAGCUACGAGAUCUUCAUAUGCCAUGCCAAUGUCAUCCGCUACAUCGUGUGCAGAGCGCUGCAGUUCCCUCCGGAAGGCUGGCUCCGCUUGUCCCUGAACAAUGGCAGCAUCACCCACCUGGUGAUCCGCCCCAGCGGCCGGGUUGCACUCCGGACCCUGGGGGACACGGGCUUCAUGCCACCUAACAUGGUCACCCGGUCCUGAGGCCACUACAGCACUGCCUUCCUCUGUCUCCUCAUCCUGGCUGUGCUCCAGCUGCAAAGCAGUCGGAGGCUGGUGGGAAGUGUCUCAAGAUCAUCCUGGGGAUGUACCUGGAACUCACUUCUGCUCAGGCUGAGAGAAGCAGUCACUCACACCACCUGGCUUCUCUGCCUUACAGGGCACCUACAGUCUGUGGGGUGACUGUAGGGUGCAUGGCUGUCAUAUUGGGAUCCUGGCCAUGGCACCAAGCUGGGGGAGGAUGACCAAUGUUUUGUUCACAGCCUGCCUACCACUUCAUACUCUUCUGUCUGGAAACCUGUUAUCAUUUAAAUAUUUGUCAAUUAAAGAUUUUCCUCCUCUGGAUUCUUGCCUUGAAAACGUUUCAGACUUGGGCUAGGGACUUGACACUGCUGCAUCUGCACUCCAAGGCCAGGACUGGAAGCUGUGCAGAGGGCAGGUUUGUCGGGGCACAGCCAGUAACAGUUUUCCUGGAGCUGUCUGACACCAGUGGCUCCAGCUCUGCACUGGUGACUAUAAAUCUUGUGGGCAUAUGGGAUAAAAUACUCAUAUGAUGUAUCUCCCAAAAUGUUGUGUAACAGGAAAAAACUACAGUUUCUAUGAAGUGCUAUGAACAUUUUCUGCAGUCAGUACAAUGAAUUGUGAUACUUUUCCCUGUCAUCUUGGAAAUAACUGCAUAAUAAAAUUUUUUGGGUGUUUUUAAAGUAUUAA